UCUAUUUUGACCCUUGAUGCGAUCCGUAGUUUCUCACAACACCAAGAUGGCUGCGGUCGGUAGUAAAUCCGGACCUGAGCUUUCUAAAGCGGAGUAUUUGAAACGAUAUUUAUCAGCUGACGAGAGCAACGGCGCAUCUAAAGGAAAAGUCAAGAAGAAACGAAAAAAGCUUCCCGAAAAACGACUUAAAAUAGUGGACGAUGAUAUCGAUUGGAGACAAAUGGUCCAACAGCAACAGGAGGUCGAAGAGGAUGAAGAAGAAGCUCCGGUGAUUGCAGAGUUCAUUGAUGAGCGACCGGAGGAGGUGAAACAGAUGGAGGCCUUUAGGACCAGUAACAGGUGGAAAAUAGUUGGAGCAGAUGAAGAUGAAACAAAUGAGAAAGACGAUGAGCAGGAGGAGACUGUGACAUCGAAUAAAAGUCGCCAUGACUCACCAGAGCUGUCAUCAAAAAGUGGGAAAAACGGUUCUCCUUUCAGAAAACAAAGACACGACUCUCCAGACGUAUCUCCUCCCAGGAGAGGACGCCACGACUCUCCAGAUGUUUCUCCUCCCAGGAGAGGACGGCAUGACUCUCCGGAUAAAUCUCCGCCCAGAAGAAGUCGCCACGACUCUCCAGACAUUUCUCCUCCCAGGAGAGGACGCCAUGACUCCCCAAAAAAGUCUCCUUCAAGACAACAUUCAAGGAAGUCUGGGAAAAUUAGAAGUAAAGAAUCCUCUCCUACAAGAAGUAAGCCCAGCUCGUCAUCACACAGUAGACCAAGGUCACCAGAUCAUCGGCGGUCUCCUUUAGCUCUCAAGGGUCGAGCUAGGCAGGAUUCUGACUCCGAUCAAUCUCCUCCACGGAAAAAAACAUCCAAACGAGAAGCCUCCGACUCUGACCAGUCUCCCCCUCGGAGGCGCUCCAGAACAAGGCAGAGAUCUGACUCCGACCAGUCUCCUCCAAGGAAGCACUCGCGGAGUGGGAAGGACUCGGAUGGAGAUCUGUCACCGCCACGGAGACCUGGCCAGUCUCAUGACCACAGGAUGCUCUCCGGAGGAAAGGCUGGUCUGGUUUCUGUGGAGAUUCUGAGAGAAGAGCAGAAGGAAAACCGACGCAGAGAAAAAAAUAAUCAACCUCUUGAAGAUGAAUCCCGCAAUGCUGAAACGAUCUUCCGAGACAAAAGUGGCAAAAGGAGAGAUUUGACUUCAGAAAGGGAAGAACAGAAGAGAAAAGCUGGAGAAAAGGCUGCAAAGGAUGAAAAAUACGCCCAGUGGGGUAAAGGGCUGGCUCAGAGUCAGAUGGAGCACCAGAAGCUGGAGGACGCUCUGAUCGAAGCCCAGAAGCCAUUGGCCCGUCACCGCGAUGACGAGGAUCUGGACCGCAUGUUGAGGGAGCAGGAGAGGGAAGGGGAUCCCAUGGCUGCCAUGCUCCGGCGGAAAAAAGAGAAAAGCACAAAAACACAAGAUAAACCUCGAUACAAUGGACCUCCACCACCACCAAACCGCUUCAACCUUCCUCCAGGCUACCGUUGGGAUGGAGUGGACAGGUCGAAUGGGUUUGAAAAGAAACGCUACAUGCGUUUGGCGGAUAAGAAAGCCAUGCAGGAGAUGGCUUAUAAAUGGAGCGUGGAGGACAUGUAAAGGCACUCGAGCAGGCUGCUGAUCAUCUGUGGAUUAAACUGCAAAUGGACACAUCGCAACAAAUGUUUCUGUUCAUCUUUCCAAACCUGUUUCAUUACAGAAAACUGUACGCUGAAGUGAUGGAUCUUGGGGACUUUAUUUUAAGUAAUGUACAAAAAAAACACCCAGACAUUGGGAUGGUUUUGUGUCUGUUUUAAUAAAUGAGAUUUUUGUAUG